AUGGAGCUACGGCGCAACUUCAGCGCGACUGCACGGCAAUCCAAGGACCAUCACUUCGACACGCUCAAGUUUGUGCAGCGGCUGAAGGAGGAGGGGUUCACAGAAGAGCAAGCCGAGGGCAUGAUGAGGGUUCUCAGCGAUGUAAUUGAGGAGAGCAUACAAAAUCUCACGCGCACCAUGGUCCUCCGCGAAGACCAGGAGAAAGCCACCUACACGCAGAAAGUCGACUUUGCCAAACUCCGCUCCGAACUCAUGACGGCCGACUCGACUGAAUCGAGUCUGACGCGCGCAUCGCACGAGCGCCUCACGAACGAGCUCGCAAAGCUGAACUCGCGCUUACGGGACGAGAUACAACGGACACAGGCGUCAGUACGGCUAGACUUGAACCUGGAGAAGGGACGCAUAAGGGAGGAGGCAAACGUGCAGGAGCUCAAGCUGAAGGAGACCGAGACGAGGAUCGAGCAGGAGACGGCGCAGCUGCGGGAAAGGCUCGAGGCGGUCAAGUUCUCAACGCUGCAGUGGCUCAUGGGUGUGUGUACGGGUACGGCGGCGUUGAUGUUGGGUGUCUGGCGGUUGUUAAUGUGA